GGGACCCCGGGAGCGAAGCCUGGGCUGCUGGAGAUCCGGAGCGCGGGAGUUGGUGCGGCGGAGUCAUGGCGAGCCACCUGAGCGAGGGGGCCUUAGCGGCCAUAAUGCAACAGGGAGAUACAUCUAUAAAACCCAUCCUCCAAGUCAUUAACAUUCGUCCUAUUACUACAGGGAAUAGUCCACCACGUUAUCGACUGCUUAUGAGUGAUGGAGUGAAUACUUUGUCCUCUUUCAUGUUGGCAACACAGUUGAACUAUCUUGUUGAGGAAGAACAACUGUCUAGCAACUGUAUUUGCCAGAUUAACCGAUUCAUUGUUAACACACUAAAAGAUGGAAGGAAAGUAGUUAUUUUGAUGGAGUUAGACGUUUUAAAGUCAGCUGAAGCAGUUGGAUCGAAGAUUGGCAACCCAGUACCUUACAAUGAAGGUAAAUGCUUUUUAGAACAGCAACAGCAACAGACUGCUCCUCCCCCAGUUCCAGUUGCCAACCCCUCCACCAGUAAGCCCCAGCAACAGACCGAGAGCUCAGGACUGGGCUCUUCUGCAACCAAGGCUUAUGGUGCUUCAAAGAUAUUUGGAAAAUCUGGAGGUACCAACCUAAUGAACACACCUGGAGGAACACAGGCUAAGGUGGUACCCAUUGCCAGUCUCACGCCUUACCAAUCCAAGUGGACUAUUUGUGCACGAGUUACCAACAAAAGUCAGGUCCGAACCUGGAGCAAUUCCCGAGGGGAAGGGAAGCUUUUCUCCAUAGAAUUAGUUGAUGAAUCUGGUGAAAUUCGAGCUACUGCUUUCAAUGAUCAAGUGGACAAGUUCUUUCCCCUGAUUGAUGUGAAUAAGGUCUAUUACUUCUCUAAGGGUAGCCUGAAGAUUGCUAACAAACAAUUCUCAGCUGUUAAAAAUGACUACGAGAUGACCUUCAAUAAUGAGACUUCUGUCAUACCCUGUGAGGACAGUCAUCAUUUGCCAACAGUUAAGUUUGAUUUCACAGGGAUCAGCGACCUAGAGAAUAAGCCUAAAGACUCACUUGUGGACAUAAUUGGGAUCUGCAAGAACUUUGAAGAUGCCUCUAAAAUCAUAGUGAAGUCUAACAACAGAGAAGUCUCUAAGAGAAAUAUUUAUUUGAUGGACACAUCAGGGAAAGUGGUGUGCGCAACCCUGUGGGGAGAAGAUGCUGAUAAAUUUGAUGGCUCUAGACAACCUGUAAUGGCUAUCAAAGGAGCCAGAGUUUCUGAUUUUGGUGGACGGAGCCUCUCUGUACUGUCUUCAAGCACAGUCAUUGUGAAUCCUGACAUCCCAGAGGCCUAUAAGCUUCGUGGAUGGUUUGACUCAGAAGGACAAGGCCUAGCUGGUGUUUCUAUCUCUGAUCUAAAGAGUGGAGGAACAGGGUCAAGCAACACUAACUGGAAAACCUUAUAUGAGGUUAAAUCAGAGAACUUGGGCCAUGGAGACAAGGCAGACUAUUUAGCUCUGUGGCGACAGUGGUAGUUUCUGCGCAAAGAGAACUGUAUGUACCAGGCUUGCCCAACUCAGGACUGCAAUAAGAAAGUGAUUGAUCAGCAGAAUGGAUUAUACCGCUGUGAAAAGUGUGACAGUGAAUUUCCUAAUUUCAAGUAUCGCAUGAUACUGUCAGCGAACAUUGCUGAUUUUCACGAGAACCAGUGGGUCACUUGUUUUAGGAAAUCUGCAGAAGCUAUCCUCGGGCAAAGCACUGCUUAUCUUGGGGAGCUGAAAGAGCAGAAUGAACAUGCAUUUGAGGAAGUUUUCCAGAAUGCCAACUUUCGAUCUUUUACAUUCAGGAUCAGGGUCAAACUCGAGACUUACAAUGAUGAGUCUAGAAUUAAGGCCACUGUGAUGGACGUGAAGCCUGUGGACUACAGAGAGUACGGCAGACGGCUGAUCACAAACAUCAGGAAAAAUGCAGUGAAUGUGAGAAACGCAGGCUGACCGGACAGAAGCUUGAAAAGAAAGAGCUAAAAUGAAAUUGAUUUUCUUGACCCCCUCUGUGGCACUUCAACAUCUGCUGCUCAGUACACAGAACCUCUUGCUGGGGGACUAAGUGUUUCGUCUUUCUGCCUCUCGGAACCGGUGGUCGUCAGAGGAAAAUGCAGUCAGGUGGCUUUGGUACAGAUGGGUGGCCCUAGAUACUCAGGCGGCAGGUGAUCUAGUACCACUGGCCAGCCCAGCUUUGAUCCCCAGAACACCAUAUGGUACCAUGUGCCUGCCAAGGGUAAUUCCUGAGUGCAGAGCCAGGAUUGUUAUGGAUGGCCCCAAAACAGUAGCAACCCCACAGAAAGAUUUCAUUAUAUGUCACAAAUCACUAACCCUAAAUCUGCAUCAGGGAAAUAAAGUCUGUAACUUGCA